AUGCAGAUCGCCGUGUUUGCCCUAACAAUGGAGGAGGCAGCAAUGCUGGACGCAUACUACACCUGGAUCCGCCCUGACUGCAUCCAGCCGGAUGUAGAUCACGGAAACAGGUUGUUUGUCUCAACAUCGGGCACGAAGAUCAGGAGUGCAACCAAUGACCUCAGUCGUCUGCACGCACACUACAAACUGCCCAACAUCAAGAGCCAGCAGGUACGCAGGACCGUGGAGACAGAUGCGGCUGCAAACUUCACAGAGGAGCAGAAGGCGUCUGUCGCACACUACAUGGCCCAUUCGACGGCAGUGGCAAAUCAGCACUAUCGAAUGAAGACCCUGGACUCUGUGGUGGCAACCUCAAACCUGCUCAGCUCCAUGAGUCGCUACUCUUCUGACGACUCUGAAGAGGGCACCCAGGCAGAGAAGAGAAGGCGAGUGGAAGAAAAAGUGAGCGGUGACUUUGACGUUUUCCUACAGGCCUUCCCUGUAGGAAUCACUGGCCAGCCACCCAACAAAACCCAGAGAGCAAAAGCUGGGUUCCCCACCGACAGAGUCUUCUACGACAAGUGGAGAGCUCUGCAGUACAGCAAGCGGGAGCAACAUCUUUUGUCAAAAUGCUCAAGAUAUGCCCCGACUGCAGCGAAGGUGGCUAAAGUCAUAGAGGCAGAGGGGUGGACGGCCAAUCAUCCCCGUCCAGAGGACGUCAUUGCAAAGUGGAGGCCGCUCAGCAGAGCACAGGCACAGAGUGACCCAGCCAUCAUCAGGGGGGUGACCAGUCAGAAAUGGUCGGGUCUGGCUGUGAAGGAUUUUGGGGGGCAGAAAGGAGUUGUUGCAACCAAGGCCUUCAGGAAGGGCUCCAUCCUGUGUGAUUUCCACGGAAAGGUGAUCACAGGUGCUGAGGGCAGGGAGAUGGCAGAGAUGCAGGAUGAGCUGGGCCACCUGUUUUUCUUUAAACAUGGCAGUGAGGAAGUCUGCAUCGACGCGGAGACCUUCCCCUGUGAGUGCCACCCGUCUCUGGAAACCAAAGGGAGAUUUGAUUACGCACUCCAAGAAGAACUUCAACGUGCAGCCACGCCACUGCGUAGUGAAGCUUCAAGAAGGAGACAGGGACGUCCUGCUCUUUCAGGCCACAAAGGACAUUUCCAAAGAUGAGAAGAUCCGCUUCGACCACAGCAUAAAGAAGACAGCCAAACGGAAAAUCUACCCGCAUUUGGCGCUUGGCGGGUGUUAAUUUCGGACCCUACAUAUUUGUAUUGAGCAAUUUAGCCAGCCCACAUCAUAACGCAUGUCAGACAACAUUUGCAACUAUAGUUGAAGUCUGUAACUUACCCACACAGCAGGGGACUCCUAGGCGGAUCCGCAUUCAAGUCGCCAAACCCGCGUGACUGUCACAUUCGUUUUGACGCCGCCCAGAGGAUCAGGUCCGCAUCCGGGCGGUGUUAUAAAUUCUACUGUCAAUCAGCGGAUCUUGAGUGGACCCACGUCGGAUCCGUGGACGCGCACGCGCCUUUCCUGUUACGGUUGUAUCAAUUUGCGGGUCCCAAACGGACCCGCCGCGGAGGUAAGGUUUUAAUCGCGGAUGCGGAGCGGAUGCAGCGCGGAGCCAAGGCGGGGUCCGCGAUCUGCCUCCGUUACAGAUCCGUCACUGCGCGCAAGUGGACUCCGAUACGGGUCCGUUCGUGGCAGAGGUGGAAAGUC